AUGUUAGAUGCUACUAAAAAAAUUAAUUUUGGUGCUGGACCAUCAAAAAUACCUACUGAGGUUAUGAUUAGAGCAUCAAGUGAUUUUUGUAAUUAUAAUGGUACAGGUUUAGCUCUUUUUGAACAUAGUCAUAGAUCAAAUGAAUUUGGAAAUUUUCUUCAAGAAACAAUUAAUUUAGUAAAAGAAUUAAUGUUAGUACCAGAUAAUUAUGAAAUUUUAUUUAUGCAUGGUGGUGGUACAGGACAAUUUGCCGCUAUUCCUCUUAAUUUAAUUGGUGAUGAUAAAGAGGCAACAGCUGAUUAUCUUAUUUCUGGUACAUGGUCAAAAAAAGCUGCAGAGGAAGCAUCUAAAUAUGUCAAAGUUAAUAAAGUUAUUCCGGAUACUAAAAAUUAUACAACAAUACCACCCCGUGAAGAAUGGGUAUUAACACCAAAUGCAAAAUACUUUUAUUAUUGUGCUAAUGAAACUGUUCAUGGAAUUGAAAUUAAAGAUAUUAAUUUACCUAAAGAAACGGUAAUUGUUGCUGAUGUUUCUUCAAACAUUCUUUCUAGACCAUUUGAUGUUUCAAAACAUGGUAUUGUAUUUGCUGGAACACAAAAAAAUCUUGGUGUUUCAGGGGUAACAUUAGUUAUUAUUAGAAAAGAUCUUCUUAAUAAACCUUCAAAAUAUUGUCCAUCAAUAUUAAAUUUUACCGAAACAGCAAAACAUAAAUCACUCUACAAUACUCCAAGUAUGUUUUCUAUACAUAUGACUUAUUAUACAUUAUGUUGGAUUAAAAAAAUUGGUGGAACAAAAUAUAUUUUUGAAAAUAAUAGAAAAAAAGCUAAACUUUUGUAUGAUACAAUUGAUAAAAGUAACAAUUUUUAUUUUUCACCUAUUGAUAAGAAAUAUCGUUCAAGUAUGAAUGUCCCUUUUAGAAUAGGAGGAAAAGAAGGUAAUGUUGAUUUAGAGAAAUUGUUUAUUGAAGAAUCUUUAAAAAAAGGAAUGAUUGGAUUAAAAGGACAUCGCUCUGUUGGUGGUAUUCGUGCUAGUAUUUAUAAUUCUAUAACUAUAGAUGAGGUUAAUGAACUUAUUGAAUUUAUGAAAGAAUUUCAAAUUAGUCAUACAAUCAAUGAUCAUAUAUAA